GCGUUGCUCCUGCAGUGCCUUGGAAGAUGGAAGCCACUUCGUGAAGCAUCUGCCACGUGAGGCUGCGAAGCCGCGGCGGACUGCGGCGGAGCAGCGCGCGUACCUCGACCGCUUGGUGAAGCCUCGGGCGGAGGAGACGCAGUUGGCUCCAGAGCUGGACGAGGUGAUCGUGGAAGCGGGCAGGCGGCUCCUGAAGAACGGGAUCACUUGGCCGAGCUUCUCCAGUCCCUCCGAAAGCCGAGCAAAGAAGGCACAGAGCCGCACGAGGCUGGCACAGGCCGGAGCUUUGGCCAUCUCCAGCGAGCCGAAGGACGUGCACUCCCGCUUGCGCCUGCCACGCUCCCGGCCUUCCUCUGCGGAGCUCCGACGCCGCGACUCCGCCCCUCUCCAGCCGCUUCAGGCGCUGGAGGCGCCUUUCGAAAGCGCUCCGCCAAAGAGCCCUCCACCGGAGAGUCCGCCAGCGCCCGCCGAGCAGGAGGUCUCGGCAGAAGGCCUGGAGCAGGAAGAGACGCCGGAAGCGGACACAGAGACGGCGAAGGAGGAGAUGCCAGGAGAGCCCGAGGUGGUCUUGGAGGAGUCCAUCGAGUCUGUGGAGAGCACCGGCGCUUGGCUGGAGCGGCUCCUGGGUCCCGCGAAGUUUGGGAUCGACCAGAAGCGGUCCUGCAAGGAACAGCGGGAGCGGCUCGAAGAGUUGGCGAAGCCCCGGCAGGUGAAGGAGCCUCUGCCCGAGCCCACUGCCAAGCCCGCCAGGCCGAGAUCUCCUCGCUCACAGAGAGAGGCGUGCAAGAGGCUGGCGCAGCCUCGCAAGCCCAAGGAAGAGCCGCCGUCAGCGGACCAUGCGGUUCACGCUGGCGAAGAGGGAGACCUGGAGCCUCAAAGCCAGGAGCCAGCGCAGCCAGAGGCCCCUUCGGUUUCGGAUCCGCUCGAGGAAGACCUGGAGGAGCCGCCCGUAAAGAUCAUCCCGUCCUUGCUGGCACAGUGCCCUUCCCGGCUGGAGCGCAUCGACGAGGAAGCGAAGGAGGCCAAGAGGGAGUCCUUGCGAGCACGAUCCCGAGGCCACCGCUCGCCGGGCCGCACGCGCUCCCAGGGCGCCUCCCUGCGGCGUGGAGCUCCGGCUCCCUACGCCGUCCCCGUCGUCCCAAAGCACCUGGUGGACGGACCGCCGCGGCCGGAGCACGCGAAGGGCAAGGACGCCAAGGGAGAGAAAAAGCGGCGCAUGUCCGGACAAGGCGCAAACGGAGCGAGUGGACCGAGCGGACCGAGCCGCGCAGACAGCCCGGAGGAGGAGGAGUUGAGCCCGGACGAGGCGGCGAAGCUUCUCAGCUUCUUGGGUGAGGAGGGUGUCUCCGAGGGCCACGGCGAGGAGAGCGCAGCGUGCGAGCAAAUGUUGCACAGCAUCGAUGCCCUCUACACUCAGUUCAUGGCCGCUACCAGCGACACCAGUGCGUUGCCUGACGGCAACAGCCCUGAGGCACAAGCAGAACGAGAUCUCGGGACCUUGGAGGGCACGGACGAGCCAUCUGGAGCUUCCGAGACUCAGCUUCCCCCACGUGAAGGCGAGGAUCUGCUGGCCGACAUCGACCGGCUCUACUGGGAGAUGCUUGAUGCCAGGGGGGACUCCCCGGACGAGGACUCCAUGCCAACCGAGGAGAUAAGCAAACCUGGAGAGCCCACGGUCUCCGCACCGCUCCCGUCCCCCUUGGAGGUGCCCCAUGCUCCAGAAACGCCGCCCCAGGCCGAGACGGAAGCUGACGCGGAAGAGUUGCCGGCUUUGCUGGAGGAAGUGCUCUGGAGCGCUAUCCUCCUGACUCGAGGAGCUGCGGGUCGCAAGCUGGAGUCUGGCAUCGCAGAGGCACGAUUGCUGCAGCUGCUGCCGCCGGCUCGCUUGGCCCAGGCCGCUUCCCUGGUCGCCUUGCCUCAAAGCCUUCUGCAGCGCCUGGGGACUGAGCUGCCCAAGGUGCGCGCUGCUCUGGAGGUCACGGAGGACCUGGGCCCUCCGGGCACGAAGCAGAGGGUGACGCUGUUCCACGCGGUUCGGGAGGCCCGGGAUCGCCUCCUGGAUUCUGCGGCUUCUGAGAGCGUGGCUGGGGCCUCCUCGCGGCCUUCGUCUGGAAGGUCCAGGCCCUCGGUCUCGAGCAAGCGGCUGAAAUCCAAACCUCGAAGGAGUAGCAUGAGCUACUGGACGGACGAGUCACUCGAUGCUUUGGAGGCUCCGAAGCGAACGGCGGGGCGUUAG